GUGUCCUGGCCAACAAUCCCUCAAAUCGGUUUGUGCAGUCACUUACCGGCUGUUUCUGGGACGUUGCUGGGCGCAAAUUGGCUGCUGAGUUGGCCCACAAAACAUUGUAUAUUAAUCCUGGGAUUUGUGGGUGAGGAGAGGCAGGAAUAUUUUCGCAAGUACUUUGAAGAUCAGGAGGUGGCGGCUGCUGUUUACAGCCACAGAACGAGCUCCUGUCCACCAUGUGCUACAACCCGUCCUACUGCUGGAUCCUCGCUAUGUCUCUGGGUCCCUUCUUUGCACGGAAACACAGCAACAAAGAGCGAGUGCCCAAGACUGUCACACAACUCUUCUCCUAUUAUAUUUACCACAUUCUAAUGCAUCACAGUGUCAAGACGGAAAGCCCCCGUGUUGCAAUGCGGAACAUUGGUGACAUGGCCUUCACUGGAGUCUCCCAGAGAAAGAUUGUCUUUAAUACUGAAGAUCUGAAAAAAUCUAACCUCCAACCUUCCCAGUUCCACUCUGGCUUUCUCUUUGAACUUAUUGAGAGAGAGUCUUCAGAGCACAGCGUGGUCUAUACAUUUCCGCACCUCACCAUCCAGGAGUUUGUAGCUGCACUCGCUCAGUUCCUGUCUCCAGAUCUCGGAACCAUCAGGAGAUGUCUGGAUUUUGCUGACAGAGAGGAGGACGGUUCAUUUGAGAUAUUCCUACGCUUUGUUGCGGGUCUCUCCUCCCCACAGGCAGGUCAUCCACUGGCGGAGUUUCUGGGUCCAUUUGAGAAUGAAACAACCCGCGCGGUGAUCGAUUGGCUGAAAGAGAAGGUUAAAGCUCAGGUCAGAGACACAGAGACCAUCACUGGGAAAAGGAAGCUGCUGAACACACUCCACUACCUGUUUGAGUCCCAGAACCAAGCCCUGGCACAGCUCACACUGGGCUCUGAACAAACACUGAUGUUCGGUGGUGGCUCUUCAGGCAAGCAUAUACACUGACACCGAUAGAUUGUGUUGUGGUGUCUCAGGCCAUUGGACUAUGUGACACAAUAAAACUACUGGAUCUGAGGAGCUGUUACAUUCAGAAUGAGGGUCUCCAGCGUCUGGUUCCUGCUCUGCACAAGUGUCAGGAGUUGGUCCUGUGGGACAAUAAUCUGGGAGAACCUGGAGUGAAGCUUCUGUGUGAGGUUCUGAGGAAACCGGAGAAUAAAAUACAGAGACUGGACCUGUGGGGCAAUGAUGUGAAAGAUUCUGGAGUGAAGCGACUGUGCGAGGCUCUGAGGAACCCUGAGUGUAAAAU